AGCACGGUCCAGAUCCGCGAGAUGAGACCAUUCCGAAAGAUAAGGGGGCAAUUUGGCCGAGCUGUAGUGUAGCGGCAAUCAGUUACGGAGCCGGGGCACAGUGUGGAGAGUGGAGGGAUUUUUAUGAUAUGUGUUGGCACGGCGGAAUUGUGCCAACGUGCGAGCAAGUUUGAUGGCGGAAAGCGGCGCGCUGUUCCUUGUCAGUUGGGACACGUUUAAGGCAUCAGCUUUCCGUGAUUUAUCGGGGCUGCGCUACCCCGGUGUCGGAGCCAGCCCUGCUCUUGUUUACUUUAUUACCAGAGUAAUGGAAUGCCCAGCCUAGCAGAACAUCCCACCGCGUCUAAUUGUCUCGCCUUUUAUCGGACCUGCUUGAUGCAUAGAGAGGUCCAUUUGCACGCUUAUUGCAUCUCGCUCUAGCAAAGGUACUGUGUACAAAGGCCCCUUUGUUCUUUCCUGAGCCCUUGCAUCUUUGAAACGGCGAUUUUAUCACUCUAUUGAACUAACGACUAACAAAUGUGACCCGACAGGAUGGUUAUUUUCUUUUCUGUCAUCUGCAUACGCGGAUGCCAAAACCGCCGUCUUCGGUUACCAGGUCUGAGUCCGGCUGUGGCAGCCGUGCCAUAAACCCCUUCCAAACACUGUCGCUCCGUAUUGUGUUUUUAUUGCCAUCAGGUUACGACCCAUCGUAAAAUGCAAAUACGACAAGUUGGGCAAUUUUUCUAUCUUGGGUCUUUUAAUGACCGCCUUAUAUGGCGUGCUUAGUCUUGUGUGCCACGGGUCAAUUGCCGUGCCGUGUGAAACUUGAUAGUAGUUAUUCUCAGGGAGCAUUGCCCUAAAGUCAUCCACGAUCCAUGAGGCUCUCCUGAAUUGCAAACACCGCCCGCAGUGCUCGGCCGCGCCGCCUUCGCCGCGUCACGAUGAAUCCGCGCCCGAGACCGACCCCGUUCCUCCGCUCCCCCGGUGCGGGUACACCUGCGUGCGAAGCCAAGCCUGAAACAGCCCCGCCUGUUACUGGAGUGACACAGCAUCAUGAACAGAGCUGGACCUGGCUGCAGCCCACGGAAGAAAGGUGAAUCUGCGACAGGCAACAGUAACAAGACUUUGAACACUUCUCCCGCCAAGAACAAAGCGCCCACCAACAGUACUAGUGUUCCCAAGUUGGGACGACGCAAACAGGUUCUGCAGCCCAAGGCGGACCCAGACGCAACAACAAUAGGUAGUAAGUCUCCCUCCGUGAACAAAGAUUCCAGUGCCAUUAAAAGCGAACAAAGACAAUUAUCCGAGCUUAUAAGAGGACACUUCCAUUACGAGGGCAGUAGUUCAGAACACGACGAGUUAGUCAGAAGGUCGCCACGAUUCAAGGCGGAUCUAAGUACAACUUCUCAGGACAAUUCAGGAGCUGAUAGUGACAUUAAGGGUUCUGUGAUUUCUGUGACAGGAAGCACGGUAAGCCCCAGGAAGCUGCAAGACCUGGCCACAGCUUUUCAGGUCAGAAUAACAAAGAUAGCCUCUCCCGGUAAGGCUGCUCCUGCGGACAGAGAAACGAAGGGUCCGAACAGAAAAACUCUGGGACAGAAACGGCCAGCAAGUAGGUCACCAUCCACGAAACGACAGAAAAAGAAGUCCAAGAAAGUUGAAGACAAUACAAAAGUUGACAACAACACAUUUAGUCAAAUAAAAAAGGCCAGAGGUUCUAGUAAAGGUAGAAAGAAGACAGAGCAAAAGCAACAAGUUGAACAAGAAAGGAAGGACACCGAAUGUGACAUAUCGUCAAGCGAGACUGUGCUGAAUACAGAAAAAAGUGCUGAAAUAAGCGAUAAGUUGAAAAAGAAGCCCAUAGUUCUGCUAAGACGACUGAAGCAAUACCACUUUUCGAAGGAGGACAAUAACACAACAGAGAUUAAGUCUGAAGAGAGCAUCACUGAUAUUCAAUCAAAAGAAGAAGACCAAGACACAAUUGAAGAAGACCAAGACACAGCAAUAGAACGCGUUAAAAGGAAAUUAAGUUUCGAGGAAGGUGAUCACCUUGUUGAAGACAGUGUUACGUCAGACUCGGCAAACGUGGACAGCCAUUCCGAACAGACGAGCGAGUUAGAACAACAGGACGAAACACAUCACGAAGUGAACACCGAGCCUUCUAGCGAUUCCGCACAAAAUUGUGAAAUUGUACUGGAGAAUAAAGAUAUCCGUAGUGACACAGACAGUCACAUUACUGCCGAGGAUACAAGUUGCAAACUUCCUACUAACGUCAUUGAGCCAAGUACAGCACAGGAACCAAUGAGUGCAGAGGACACUGUCCAGGAAGCAGACACAGUAGCAAUCACCAUGUCUGAAGAGAUGGUCAAGAAAGACUUAGCCGUGUCCCAGAAGGAGACACCUGUCCGGAGCCCAUCCCCUGCGGUCGGAUCUACAGAUGAUGUAUCCAAGCCAUUAAGAUUUCAUGACUCACAGAUGCCGAUGAACGCGGACAAAAUAGAACUGAAAUUGGACGAAGUCCCAGAAGCAGAUAUCAACGGCGCAGAUCAAGACGUUGAAAACGUUCUCCACACUCCACAAGGAGCUGAUGACUACUGUUUACCCCUCGUUACAGAUAGAGAUUCUACGGUAACGACUGAAGAAUCGCGCGUGCCAGGCCCGAUCUCCCACCUGCCCGACAGCUUAGAGAGCUGUAGUGUGGAGUCUGAAGGGACCAACGACGCGAGUAUGCCUGCAACAAUCCCCGCAUCCGAGGAACUGGGGAAGGAGGUGGAAGAUGCAGAGCAGAGCAGCACCAGAGACAGUCAUUCCAAUCAUACCAUCCCAGAACCGGCAGAGUUGCCCAAACCUGUGGUGAAGGAGAGGACGAACAGGAGGAAGGCGAAGUGCCCGGCAAAGAUUCCGAGACAGGAGAUUAUGCUGGAGCACCACGACGCUUCCUUCGAGCUCGACGACCACGAAGGAGACAUUCCAAUGGACGAAGAUGAGGAAGAACGUCGGUUCAUGAUGGAGAUGGGAGAGGAGGACAUGAAUGACGAAGAGCAUUGGAUGGAGGAUGCAGUGGAGGAGGUGCGCAGCCGGAAGGGCCGGCGCAAGGCCACGACGCCCCGCCCGAACAGACAGGCCGCCAGCCCGGGACGUCACGACGUGGCCUACGUGUCCUUAAACGAGGCCAACCCACCUGUGCGGCAUCUUCUGAACCACGAGUCGCCAGACGACGCCAGCGACGUCCAGCCCAACUCCGCCAACCAGUACCAGGCUUACCUCAGGGAAUUAUUACCCCCAAUGGCAAAUUCUGGGAGCCAGGGACCGACUUCGCCGCCGCCACAGGGCAGCGACAUGCCGCGGCAGCUCGCCAUGUACCCCAUGCACUCCACAAGGAUGCCUCGGCAAGACGAAGAAUCACCCGGGGAGGAAGAGCGCUCCUCUCUCCCGCCGUUUGCAAGGAGGGUUGGCGAAGACGAUAACCUACCGCCGAACUUUAUGGAUAACCGUAUGAGGCAGCAGGACAUGGGUGAGCAGCAGAGUCCAGAAGAUGGACAACAAGGCAGGUACAGACGGGAGUUUCACCGCGUUCCUUACAGCAAGUGGGUGCUGACGAUGCUGGAGCACGCCUAUCAGGAAGGGAUGGGGUACGUACGCAGCACGAAGAAGUUCGAGCUUAGCAUGGCGACAGGCCUGUCUUCUCGGCAGAUCAAGGUUUGGUUCCAAAACAGGAGGGCAAAGGACCGUAAGCUGAAGAAGAGGGGAAAGUUGCCGUUCAAACCAACGUUCAAUCGCGGUAGGAGGUCGCACGAAGAAGAGCACGAGUCUGGAGACGGAGCCGAAGCAACCGAGUUUGACGUGAAAUCUGAAGACGCGCCGGUCUAUAGGAAGCCCGUUAUUGACACAGACGGCGACGGGGCCGACAGGAGUCAUAAACUGCAGAUGCAUGCACCGAUGGUGACUCCAGCUACGCACAGCCAAGCUUCUGUCGCACCAGUUCACGUGCCAGCAGCAACUUCGUCCGAGAGUAAGGUUCCCGAACCGCUCAACCUCGUCCGUCGAUCCAGCGACAGUCGCACCGACACCGUGCGAGCACGUCUCAAAGCGAUGAUGCAAGAAAAAUCUGAGCCAAUGCCACAUCAGCAGUCAGAAGAUCGCCGCGACGACCCGAACAACAACGCCCCUCUAAACCUUGUGGUGCCCAAGUCGCAACCUGAACAGCCCCCUUCUACGUCGGCUAGCAGCGCCAGUUCUUCUCCACCAAGUUCAGCUCAACAACAACAACAACAACAGAUGGACCAAGUCAGGGCUGCCAUGAUGGGAGCUGCUGGAGCCGCUUCAUCUCCCUUCAUUCCCGUUCCAGGAGCCUUCUUCGUCCCAAUGAUAGACCCAGGAUUCGUCUUCUACGGACAGCUCGGUAGCCACAUCAGGUGGCACAACCCUCCAGGCGUGCAGGGAGCCGCCGACAUGGCGCAGAUCCGACCAAACCUUGCUGCUGCCGGGCCCGGCGGUAUGAUGGCCCAGGGCGCCAAGCUACCCACAGCCUCGCCAGGACAACCUCCGCUGCCUCCUCCAGAUGAAGUCAAGGCUGCUCAGGCCAAACGUCAUCUCCUUCUUCCAGGAUACGGCUACAAGGACAUGAGGAGCACACACGAACGCAUCCGCACACCCAACCGCUACCGUACACCGUACACAGACGAGCAGACACAGGCUCUAGAGCACGAGUACCGCGCACACGGUGGGUUCAUCAGCAUCACGCGGAAGGAAGAACUCAGCAAAUCUCUCUGUCUCUCCUACCGCCAGAUCAAGAUCUGGUUCCAGAACAGGCGUGCCAAAGAAAGGCGCCAACACAAGCGAGCUGCGAAAGACGGCUUGCCGUACGGCAUGGGAUCGCCGCCUCGCGACGGCACUUCGUCCAAUGACGGCCAAGGGGACAGCAUCAACGACAUGACCAGGUCUCUGACGUCAGACACCGACGUGGACAGACGCGUCAUGGAGGACUUCAGAGAUGAUGACGACUAUGAUGAUGAUGAUGACGACGACGACAUGAUGGACAGAUCGAGAGAAUGGGAGUCGGGACCAGACACGUCUCAGGACAGCAUCCACAUGCAGGACGCACUGCAACCACCAACAGUACAAGAAAGUGUACCACAACAAGAGCAAGUAGCGGAACCUGCCAUCCCUACAAGCCAGAACGUUGCCUCGUCUUCUGAAGAAAAACAGGAGCUUAACUUGUCGCAAACCGAGAAAGAAGCACAAAUCGAGAAAGAAGCACAAAUCGAGAAAGAAGCAGUGUCGUCUGCCAAACCAGAAGAAAUAGCUGCUGUUAAGGACGACGACGAAGCCAUGUUCUAUGACGUAGACAGCGACCACGCCCUCCAAAUAGUGGAAGAGCCAGAGGAGGAGGAACAGCAGAUGGAGACUGUCAGCGCACCUAAGGUUGACAAGCAAGACAUCAGAAAUGUGAAUCCCGACAUGACAGCUGUUGUUCCCCAGCCACCAGAGGUGUUCUUCCAGAACCUGGAGCUGAUGAGGAGACAGAGGGUCGACUCCAACCGAUCUCAGUACUCCAGGGAACAGAUCAAGACUUUAGAGGCUGAGUUCAAUGUGCACGCUGGCUUCAUCAGCAGCAAGAGGAGGUCCGAGCUGAGCGAGUCUCUGGGGCUGACUACUCACCAGAUAAAGGUCUGGUUCCAGAACAGACGAGCGAAGGAGCGUCGCCAUAUGCAGAAGUACGGAGAAGGUGAUCCGAUCGCACUGAGCUUCCUCACGCCUGGAAUGAUGGGAAAAGUGCCUAUGGUUCCCCUGUCUCCCAACAGGCAGGCCGGCGGUCACCCCCGACUGCACGGCACUCCGACAAGCCUGGGAAAUGUUACUAAAGCUGGACAAAAAGAUGGAUACAACAACGUCGUUCGUGCCGCCAUCUCUCCCGUCGAGGCAACAAAGCCAGGAGACAUCAAGCUUGGCUCACAGAACCACGGCGUCGUGGUGAAGCAAGAGCCGGAGGAGUCCCGCGACAGCUACAGCAGCCCGCUCGGCCUUGAGGAGCCCCACAACUCGUGGUUGACCAGGAAGACGAGGACCAAAUUUAGCGAAGAACAGAUCCUAGUUCUUGAGACGGCGUUCGCCAACAACCAGUUUCCCACCGGCUGGGUGAAAGCGCAGUUGUCUCAGGUCACCGGGCUCACAAUGAGACAGAUCCACGUCUGGUUCAUGAAUCGCAGGCAGAAGGAGAAACACUCCAGGAAGAGGGCCGGGCGCGCAGCUACAAGCCCGGGAGGCAGGGGCAUGACGCCGUCUCAGUCCCGACGUGUCCACUGGAAGCAGCUAGCAAAAGCCUUGACCCCGGCACAGAUCAGAGAGAACCAGGAAAGGCAGGCUGCUGCAGGAGUGACACCGCAAGCAUUGCCUACCACCAGCGUUGUAAACCCGGCACCUGUCAGCAGAGCAGCACAGUUCACCGCUUCACCUGUCCAUCUGCCAGCCCCAGCUACGACACCUCCGACUCGUCGACAGACUCCCGACACUCUCAAGUCCCUGCAACAAGCCAAACUGGCCGGUGGGGGCGCUCCUGACGCUUCCCCUGCCGACCAAGGGCCGAUGGACCUGACCAAGAAGGACUCGCCCCGUGACGACAAGAGUGACGUGGCCGACGUCGUGGACAUGAGUGGGUCUCCUGUGCCGUUCAUCUUUAAAGACGACAAGAAGUACAUCCUGAUCUGUGACGCGUUACGCCUGCUGUCCACGUCACACCUCCAGCUGAUGACGGAGUCCCUGCGCGCCCUGGAUGUCUACAUCCAGCGCUGCUCCGACCUAGACGUCACCAAGUUCAGGGUUCUGCACGGGGAGGUGCAGCACACAGCCGAGUGCUUCUCCAUCGUCAACCUGGACCAGUUCUCCUCCCACCUGCCACAACUCAGGUACAUCAUGAAGCAGCACCGUAACGCACAGCCUCCUGAGACGGAAGUUGACGGAGAGCGGCGGUGUUACCUGCGUGCCGCCUGGGGAGGGAAGGACGCGGAAGAACCCAAGGAGAAGCCGAGGAAGGAGCGUCAGCGCCACGUGUCUCCCACCACCGGUGCCUUGCCGCCCAGCUCCAUCAUGAACGCCACCCCACAGCUGCAGCAGACUCACCCCAUCGUCAUCCCCCCAGGGCUGUCCGGAGCGUACCCCUUCGGACUGGCGCAGCCCGGGAUGGGGCUCCCCUUCCCCAUGGCCAAGGUGUCGGCCGUGCCGUCUUCCUACCAGUCCGGCCUGGUGAGCAGCGCCGCCAGCAGCCAGGCAGCUGUCCGGAUCUCGUCCGUGUUCUCGCUCAGCCAGGCUCAGGGAGGAACAGUAGGAAAGGACACAAGUAUAGUAUCCAGUAGGAACGAACACGUGAGUCGUCCACGCAUGCGCUUCACCCAGGACGAGGUGGAGGUUCUGGAGGGAGAGUUCCAGCGCACGCCCUGGCCGGACGGGUACGUGCCGUACGAGCGUCGGACCGAGCUGGCCGUGCAGCUGGGAGUCACCAAGAGCCGCAUCGACGCCUGGUUCAACCACAGGCGCACCAAGGAGAAGUACGGCCCGAGGUCCCAGUCUCGCGAGAUGAGAGAGUCCGGCACCCUGGAGGACGCUACGUCAUCAUCGAAGCCCGUGACGUCAGAGCCGAUGGCCAAUGGUGCAAUGAGCUAACGUGACGUUGACUGUGGUGUGAGUAGGCACAUCUACGGACGUCAUUUGAAGUUGAGGAAAUUUAGAUAGACCAAGUUACCCUGGACCGCAGACUGUGUUUGGAGCCAUACAUUGGCGGGUACUUUAAUUAUGAAUAUUUAGGUCUGUGUGGAUGGUACAUUCUAUCAGCAUUGUAUUCAAACUGUGCCAUAAAGUCUGGGGAGUUGUCUUAAAUGUUUGAACAAAAGCCAAGUAGUAUGAUAGCUAGACCCGGCCAUGGUGCCAACCAGAAGAAAAUGGCCACAUGACCAGUUGUCGGAUGUUGACAUGAACAGUGGAUGUAACAACCCCGUCACGUUGUAGGGAAUGUGCAAAGUUUCGACGUUUUUCUGUCGUGUGGGAGCAGAUUGAUUUGUAAGAGAGGUUACCGUCCAGGUUAUCUGGAAAACCUGUCUCGGCGGCUUGCCAAAUAUUGCCGCAAACGGCUCCGAGAGAGUUGAUGGGAAUUUCAAUAUCUAUAGUAACUUUCCUGACGAUAAGUCAUUGGGACAAAUUAAGCCGGUACAGGGUCAUUUUACCGAUUUGACUCCCACGUAGAGUCAGUAUCAUAGCGUCACGCUAAAUGUGAUAUUUUCCCAUGCUCGGCCAGUGGAUAAGUGCUUUUAUAGCGCGCACAAAGCGCGUGUACUGGUUUGUCAUUCCGUAAAUCAUGUGCAGUAAGAAAUGCAAUAGAGAUAGCUAUAUGUACCAGAGUUCUAACCAUAGUUGACUAUUAACAAGACCGUAUAUGGCUAAAUUUUCUAACAUAGUUGUCGGUUUAUGUCGCAGAAAGAAUGAUAUAACGUGCCUUGCUCUAAGGAUUUUGAAGAUCGUUCUAUUUUUGUGUAUAUGGAUGGGAUAUACUAUAAGUUGUGCCAGCGAGCUGCAAUGAUUUAAACUGCUAGUAGAUUCGUGUUCGCCACGUGAAAAUAUAGAUAAAAUAUAUCACUUCUAACCUGUGCCAGAAAAGUACAAGUAUAUGCCAUAACGACCACGAACAGAUAUAUGCUAUAGUUCAGCAAUACCUUACGUUCAUUGUUAUUGUUCUAAGGUUUCUUUUGUACGAUAUGUAUAUAUACAUAUAUUUCAUGAUAUGUUGGUAAGUAGUUUAGUUAGGUAGUUAAUUUCGAUUUUGUUCCAAGAUGUUGUAGUUCGUCAUUACUAUUUACUCUGUUGUUACAUAGGGAUGGUGUAGCAUCCCAGUUGACCACUGCGUUAGAAUUCUAAGUGUUGGUAGCCGAGGAAGUGAGGCCUGUGUUACUAGAAAUAUAUAUACUCCGCCGCUAUGUUGUUUUCACCAUUCACAUCACACGAUAACACGUUGUUAUGGCAUCUGUUAUAUCACACUGAAGAUUUGGCGCAUGUGCAGUAAGUACCCAUAUGUGUACGCAUGCGUAGACGAUCGUUGCCAACGUUGCUGUUUGUACUUGGUGCAUUCCAGUCCGGGAUUCUGCUGUAGCCCGUGUCCCUGAAUGUAAGAAAUAUCUCUGUGAGCUCAGAAUAAGAACUGUGAUGUCUAAGCCGCUACGUGCUCAUGCACUUUGUUUCCCCAAGAAUGCCUACAUAGCUGCAAUGAAUGGUGUAAUAGUUACAUUGACUUGCCAGUGUUAGUUCUAACCCAUAGUAUGUAAGGUACUGUUUAUAUUUUUGUACCCAUGGCUAUGUCAACUAUAGAAGACGCCCAGUUCUGUACCCCUCACCAGAAAUACAUAUAUAUAUAUAUUCUUACAGAGAACCCAUA